AUGAACAGCGCCCCCUCACCUCCCGCUUACUCUGCUGCAAAAGCCCCUGUGUACUCUGCCGAACCAAGAGCCAACGAGACGUUACUGGCCGUGACACGUUCGCAUAGAGGACGACAUUCCUCUCCCACGCGUACUUUUACCUGGUCCAAUGCGUCCAUCGCUCUGUCCAUUCUUGGGAAGGAGGAAGGGUUAGAUAAUCCGGUGUACAGUCAGAAUGGUCAGAUUCGUGCAGAGGUCGCUCUGGAGGACCCGUCAGCCGUAGUGUCUGUUAUUGUAUAUCUCAAGGGAAUCCUCCAGGUCGAAGUCGACCGGACGACACACGACACAUCAGUGGUCGAGGCUUUUAAGAAACCAGUCACCUUUCUAAAUCUUACUCAGAAUCUCUGGCCCAUGCCAGACGAAUCGUCGUUGACACCCCCGGCCCAGUGUCCAAGCAUACUCCUGUACGAGGAAGCUCUCCCUUCGUCGUACAAAGACGAUGUACGGACAUGCGAGCUUCCACCUACAUUUUCAGCGAGUAUUAUGGAUGUUCAAGGCUUCAAUGUCGAUUUGGAGUACACGGUUACGGUGUGUGUUGCGAGGCGGCGACAAUCCAGAUUUCGAAAGUCUGACGUGCACGAAAAGCUGAAAGCCACAAUUGUCUACAAGCCACGAACUCGCGCAUACCGUCCGGUCUUAUCCAACCCGUUUCCGUUUUCUUCAACGAUCAAAGCCGUCCCUGAAGAAUGGCAUCAAGUUCCAUCCGAGAUGCUCACAUACGCUCGUGCUCAGGCUCAGAAUGUUGAACCGAUCGACUGCCUACUCUUCAUCCCCACAGUCAAAAUAUAUUCUCUGACCGAAGACAUACCGGUAUUCCUCCAACUCCGCGGACGUGUAUCGUCUAUACGUGCCUUUAUGCAUACCCCUACAAACCCCUCCGCUCUUUCGACUCUCCUCAAAAAACAACGCACACCGACAAAGCCUCCCGCCCAGCCUAUCGUUCGUAUAUACAUCUCGCGCCAGAUAACUGCAGCAGCCCAUGGCUAUUCCCUUCGACGAUCGUUCAAAAUCGGAGAGGCGACACUACGGUCUCUUCCUCCGGACGCGGACUUAGCGGACCGACCGUAUGACGGGUUCGCUAGCUUGGAGUACGAAGGCGAGCUCAGAUGCGCGGAGAAUGUGACCGUAGGGAGCUUUGCUAUGGGUCAGUUAUCAGUUAAGGAUUCCAUCGUCGUACAGCUCGUUCCUCCCGACCCGGUCAACUCGCCGCUGAAGGAGCACGAGUUUUCACACCCUAUAAGACUCGUCACGGAUCCUUUCAUAGAAGAACCGGAUUCUCUUCUCUGACUUGUGGUACGAGAAUGAAGUGCUUAGAGCUUUCGUGGCUGCGCGUUUGCUAUACUAUUGUUUUGUUAUCAUCCC